AUGGCGGAAACGUGGUGGGAUGACUUGCACGACUGGAGUGCUGCGUUAGGUGGCUACGAACUCUUCAGAAGGGAGAGGCACCGCCUGGCCCCGACCGUGUCUUGUGUCCAUUUCAAGUUCUUCUCCAAGCUGAACUACGAUACAGUCACCUUCGACGGCCUCCACAUCACCCUCUGUGACCUCUGCGAAGUGGGAUUUUUGGAAUUCCUAUAUGUGGACAUACAGCAGAAGGUUGUGGACACUAGUGCGAUAAUUGAUUUAAGAUCUCUAAGUCAGUGGGAUGGAGAGAAGAGGUGGGCGGAGGGGGAACGGCGGGGGCGGCUGAGCUGGCAGUACCUGCCCAUCCCGGCCACCGCCGACUCGCCCGAGCAGGCCUUUGCCACCGGCCAGAGCGUCCUGGAGCAUCGUCGAGCCAUCCUGGCGCCGGAGAACCUGGGCCAGAUUCUCAUCUUGCACCAAAACUUUGAUUUUUUAGAAUCAAUCAGGAACAGCAACGAGGCGCGGAGCAGGAAUCCCCACACUCUCACUGCCGAGGGAAUGGCCCUGCCACAAAGGAUCCUCUUUCCCGCGGCGAAGAUUUGCAUGGACUGGCAGCAAAGACAGAGAGCUGGAGCGGGACUUGACAACCUGGGCAAUACGUGCUUCCUCAACUCCGUGCUGCAGUGCCUGACGUACACCCCCCCUCUGGCCAACUACCUGCUCUCUCGUGAGCACAGUCAGUCGUGUCGUCAGCAAGGUUUCUGCAUGAUGUGCAUAAUGGAGGCACACGUGAAGCGGGUCCUGCGUUCCUCAGCCAGUGCCAUCCAGCCCUGGGCUGUGGUCAAUGUCCUCAGACGCAUAGGAGAACAUUUUGAGCAUGGCAUGCAGGAAGACGCCCACGACUUCUUACGUUGUACUGUCGAUGCCAUGCAGAGAGCUUGUCUGCACGGCAGCAGCGACCUGGACAUCUCUUCCGAAGCAACUACCGUCAUCCAUCAAAUAUUUGGGGGCUUCCUGAGAUCCAGAGUCACCUGCUUGAGCUGCAGCGCGAUUUCCGAUUCCUACGAGGCCUUCCUGGAUGUUCCUUUGGAUAUAAAAGCAGCCGCGUCUGUCACCGCAGCUCUGGAGGACUUUGUGAAACCUGAGCAGCUGGAUGGCAACAACUGCUUUAAAUGCAGACAGUGUGACAAGAUGGUUGCCGCCUCCAAGAGGUUUACGUUCCAUCGUGUGCCCAAGGUUCUCACGCUGUGUCUGAAAAGGUUUGGAGACUUCACUGGCAGGAAGAUCAGAAAGGUUGUGAAGUAUCCCGAGUGCUUGGAUCUUCGCCCGUAUGUGUCUCAGACGGCUGGAGAACCGCUCCUCUACUCCUUAUAUGCUGUGCUGGUGCACAGCGGUGGCAGCUGUCAUGUGGGGCACUAUUUCUGCUACACAAAGGCCAGCGAUGGACGGUGGUACCAGAUGGAUGAUUCCUCUGUGGUUCUUGAUGACACCGACACAGUUCUCAGGCAGCAAGCCUAUUUACUGUUCUAUGUCAGGAGACAAUUACUACCUGCAUCCUUUGGUGCUGUCAAAUCUGAACUACCCCACGUCAGUCCUUACCUUUUCUUGCUGGCCUUUAGGCUGCUGGCCUGGUGUAAAGUGCUACUUGUCUGCUCUCUGAAGCUGGCUAAUGUCGAGAAGAGGACUUAA